GAUACAGCGAAACCUUCCGCAGAUUUGAUUUCGCAAUAUAAAACAUAUUUGGCUGUGUUAAAUUUGUCAUUUAAGCGUACUGGAUUUGUUUUAAGGGCCUAAGUAGAUUAUACCGACAGAAGGUUAACUACAAAUACAAGUGGCCAGAGACAACAUCUUAAGAUGGACCGGGAUCUUGACCAUAAAGCCUGGAUGUCGCUCCGCCUGUCGCGUGUACUGGACGAUAUCGGCGCCAACCGACUGGUGAUGAGGAAAAGGCGGGAAACCUUCCUGCUGAGGGAAGCGGUACAUACUCUAAUAGACAAACUAUUUGGUGUACACAUUACAACCUUCAAUUUCGGCAGCCAGUCAGAGGGAUCUACAACUCCGGGGAUGAAUUCGGAUAUUGAUGUGGUUAUGUGCGAUCAUAACUACAACAUUAUGUCUGACUGGCCAGACUGGGAGGCCGGGAUAAGGAACUUUCUAAUGGUGAAGGAGGAGUCGACUCCACCACAGCACUACUGGCUACAGUGUAUCAGAUCAAACUCUCCAGAGCCUGUCAGAUAUAACGGGCAUAAAGAUUGCUUACCACAUAUAGAUGGACGAGUGUUUAUAAGUAAUAAAGUGUGGCAACGUGAAUGUAAACAGCUAUAUGGAAAGGACUUGUUAUAUAGUGGUCCUUCAAUAAGUAACUCGGAAGAAUUGGAUUGUGUUGCAGCUUUCAAAUGUCAAGUUCUUCCUCCGGAGGUGGACCGAUGGUUUCAACGUUACAAACGUCGACAUUGGCCUACACCGGAAAUGAUGCAGGCAGCAUGGGAAUGCUCAUGUUUUCUUGUUGCUGAUGGACAUUUCGAUAGUUUGUAUGAAGAAAUUGAAUGGCGAUUAUCACCAAGUCAAAUAGAGCGGAUUCUUAUUUUUAGUUUUACUACUGUGCAGUUAAAAUGCUACAUUGUCUUGAAGAUGAUCAAGAAACAUUUAAAUGAACAUUAUUUAAGUCAUAAUAGUAAGUUCACGUCGUUCCAUUGCAAGACAGUUAUGUUCUUUACAAUGGAGAGAAUAUCGCCAACGGAUUGGAGAGAAGAUUGGCUCGUACGGUGCAUAGGAUAUUGUUUGCAAACACUGGAAAUUUUCUUGAUGAAAGGUUAUUGUCCACACUUUAUCAUCCCUGAAGUGAAUCUUUUCGAUGGUAAAAUCCCUCGCCGCUGCCAACUGACUUUAAUGGAGAAGAUAAAAGAGAUCUUGAAUAAUAAUCUAAUGAUACUGUACGACUUGCAGUACGAUAGCUUAGGACAAAGGUUACCGGGCCCAAUCAGCGACAUGUCUAAAAAACGGUCAACAUUAUUAAGGUCAAUUAAUAGUGUUUUAGCAUGCGACUUAAUAAAGCAGGCUAGUAAAAAGUGCUUUGAAAUGGCGAAUAUUGAGUUAAAUCCUGUGAAGUUUCUGCGAAUACUUAGUGUUGUAACUGUUAUACCUGAGAAUGAUUACAUAAUGAAUAUAUUAACUUCUUACGAGCGACGGGCAAUUUCCGUGUUAAAGCCACUCAUUUACUCCUUCUUAGCAUCAGGUACUUCGUCAUUUUACAUACAACAUGGACAUCAAUUGACACCAGAAUUAUUUCAACUAUAUGAGCGUUCUCUUGACACUGACGUGACGUCCAGCAGACUUAAACUGGCUUCCAUGUUAUACUGUCGGGGGUAUUUUCGAAUGACGGCGGACGUGCUGAAUGACGUUGAACGUAGAUAUGACGAGAAUGUGUAUUCUGUGUGUGAUUGUGGCAGGAAAAUUGAAGGUGAAGAGCCCCCCGAGUUGUUUAGUGAAAGUGCAAUUAACGAUUUAAACUAUGAUACAGCCAUACGUAAAGUUGCCCUCUGCGUUAGGUUUUUACGUUUAGAAGCUUUCUGUGUACCACCUAUUUUGUUAUAUGAAAUGAAUAGGGCAAUGAAUGACGACGUUCAAGAUAGAGAACCACCAGAACGUAACUGGAUGGACAUGGCCGUAGUAGACUCUCGACCAUAUAUCUUCUAUCUUCAGUAUAUAACGUACGGGGAACUUGGGCUUCGUUUCCGACAAUUGCAGGCACAACGGAAUUUAAUGAACUGUUUUGGAAACCAUAACAUUUUACGUACAAUGCAUCACCCCGAGACUGCUAGUAACUUAAUAGCACAUUGCUGGGAGAUGGAGGGAAACUUUUUUGAAGCGUUAAGAUGCUACAUGAAUUCUGCUCGAAAUGUUCCGAUAAAUAAUGCUGCGAACUGGCAUAUCAGGAGAUUAACUGGCAACCGUUUAAGCCUGUAAUGUACUUUAAAUGUGAACACCUUUGUAGCUGAUAAAAUUAACUUUAAAGAUACACUCUUACUCUCAAAUAUUUUUAGCACAAUUAAUACAAUUGUUUUAAUAUAACAAAAAGGAUUAAAAAACGCGUCGAAAGCAGUCGCUCCUAUUAAGGAUACCGAUUUUACUUUGAAUAAAUGUACAGAAAACACA